AGCAGUAUGUGCUCUUGGAAGCAAAUGGAUUUAGAAGAGCUUCAAAAGCAAUAUUCCCCCAGUUGCUGGUCGCAUCGCAUGGACAAGGACGCAGUGAUACAAGCCCACAUCAAAGUGCUAACUGAAGGUACAGCACAGGGUCACAGUGCAGCUCAGUCUUUGUUGGACGUGCCUUAUGGGUCAGGCAAUGCAGAAAAACUCGACAUUUAUCUUCCUCCAAACCCAUCACUAGCUCCAGCUCUGCUCAUCUAUUUUCAUGGAGGAUACUGGCAGUUACUGAGCAAAGACUUGUCUGGGUUUAUGGUUCCUCCUCUAGUUAAAGCCGGAGUCGUGGUUGUUUCUGUUGGUUACGACUUGGCACCAAAAGGUAAUAUGGAUUUAAUUGUGUCUCAGGUCCGUCGAAGCGUAGUCUUCAUUGUUCAGCAAUAUUCCACCUUCAGUGGUAUUUAUCUGUGCGGACACUCAGCUGGUGCCCACCUGGCAGCUAUGGUGCUUUGUACAGAUUGGUCAGAAUAUGGUGUUGUCCCUGAUGUUAAAGGAGCUUUUCUUGUCAGUGGGAUUUAUGAUCUUUGUCCAAUUGUCCCAACCAGAACCAACAUCCUUCUCAAAAUGACUCAGGACGAUGCCCUCCGAAACAGCCCCAUGCAACUUGUGAACAAAAUGAAAUGGCUGGCCGGAAACUGUGAGAUUCUGGUGGUUGUGGCAGAACAUGAUUCAGAUGAAUUUCGAAAACAAUCGCAAGAGUUUUACAAGGCUAUCAAGGACGCUGGGUUGAUGGGCAGUUUUGAAGAUGCAAACACAGAUCAUUUUGAUGUCAUAGAAAAACUGGUGGAAGAUGAUUAUAUCCUUACACAGAUUAUACUGAAAACUGUGACUAGAAAAUGCACGAACUGCUAAAAACAAACAUAUGGACAGGAGUGGACUAGUCUGUCCCAUCUAGUUUGUCUUGCUAUUAAAUUAAUUCAAUGCUAAGUCUUAAAUUGCAUUUCCUCACCUUUUGUCUAUAUCCAAUAAUAUCCCUACUUACCAGAUAACUAUCUCGCUCUUGAACACCUCCAAUUAAUUCUGUACUAUGAGAUGGUAGGUUCCAUAUUCUCAUGAUCCUUUAUGUAAAGCUGUUCCAAUUAAAGUAUAACAAAUUCUGAAUUCUUCUA